AUGGGUGAUCGAGUGUAUCUUGGAAAAAAAGGUACGAAAACCGCGUAUCCAACGCGGCGUCGAUCAGGCGGGAUGAAACGACGACCCCUGAACCAAUAUGAAUGUGAGAGUGAUGAGCAGGGCGUCAGCGCUUCGGCGAAAAAACUGAAGGGCAACGAGGAAUUCGAUGUGAAUAGUCAAUUCGGCUAUAGAAUAAUCAAUUUCUGCGCUGUUUUGUCCGUUAUUGCCCAGCACGUGAAGUGCAAAACGUGCGGAUCUGACAUUGAGUUUCGAGAAAGAAGUCUUCGUGGUUUAGGCUUCAAAAUUGUGAUCGCUUGCCCAAAAUGUCCCAAUGUGGAUAUUCCGAGUUCCAAAUUCAUUCGCAAUGCACAUGAAAUAAAUCGUAGAAUCGUGCUUGCAAUGCGACUGAUUGGAAUAGGAUUACAAGGAAUCAAAAAAUUUGCGCGUUCAUGGAUUUGCCGCAGCCAAUUUUUCAUUCAUUUUAUGAUAAAUUGGUCAAGACGAUAG